GCCAUCUCGUUCUCUGCUUUGAAAGAGCAUAAAACCCUAGCUCGCUUGUCUCGAUCUGCUUCUCCCUUCUUCCGUUACCUUAGUGAUCGUUGUGGUUCGGAGAUGGCGGACACAGAGACGUUUGCCUUCCAGGCCGAGAUCAACCAGUUGCUCAGUCUUAUCACCAACACCUUUUACAGCAACAAAGAGAUCUUUCUCCGUGAACUCAUCAGUAACGCUUCCGAUGCUCUGGACAAGAUUAGAUUCGAGUCUUUGACAGACAAGAGUAAACUAGAUGCUCAGCCUGAACUCUUCAUUCACAUCAUCCCUGACAAGGCCAACAACACCUUGACUAUUAUUGACAGUGGUAUUGGAAUGACCAAAGCUGAUUUGGUUAACAACCUUGGUACGAUUGCCAGGUCUGGUACCAAGGAAUUCAUGGAGGCAUUGGCUGCUGGUGCUGAUGUGAGCAUGAUUGGGCAGUUUGGUGUCGGUUUCUACUCCGCUUACCUGGUUGCUGAGAAGGUUGUCGUCACGACAAAACACAAUGAUGAUGAGCAAUAUGUCUGGGAGUCCCAAGCCGGUGGAUCCUUCACAGUGACCAGAGACACUUCUGGUGAGAGCCUUGGUAGGGGGACCAAGAUGAUUCUCCACCUCAAGGAAGACCAGUUAGAGUACCUUGAGGAGCGCCGGCUCAAGGAUUUGAUCAAGAAGCAUUCCGAAUUCAUUAGCUACCCGAUCUCUCUGUGGGUUGAGAAGACAAUUGAGAAGGAGAUAUCUGAUGAUGAAGAUGAUGAGGAAGAGAAGAAGGAUGAGGAAGGGAAGGUCGAGGAGGUAGACGAGGAGAAAGAAAAGGACGAGAAGAAAAAGAAGAAGAUCAAGGAGGUUUCUCAUGAAUGGUCUCUUGAGAACAAGCAGAAGCCAAUCUGGAUGAGGAAAUCCGAGGAGAUCACCAAGGAGGAAUAUGCCGCCUUCUACAAGAGCCUCUCCAAUGACUGGGAAGAGCAUUUGGCUGUCAAGCAUUUCUCGGUUGAAGGACAGCUCGAAUUCAAGGCUAUCCUCUUUGUCCCAAAGAGAGCCCCAUUCGAUCUUUUCGACACGAGGAAGAAACCCAACAACAUCAAGCUCUAUGUCCGACGUGUCUUCAUCAUGGACAACUGUGAAGAAAUCAUUCCAGAAUUCCUCGGCUUUGUGAAGGGUAUCGUCGAUUCUGAGGACUUGCCUCUCAACAUCUCAAGAGAAAUGCUGCAGCAGAACAAGAUCCUCAAGGUCAUCCGGAAGAACCUGGUGAAGAAAUGCAUUGAGCUCUUCUUCGAGAUAGCCGAGAACAAGGAAGACUACAACAAGUUCUACGAGGCGUUCUCCAAGAACCUCAAGCUUGGUAUCCACGAGGAUUCCCAGAACAGGACAAAGAUUGCUGAGUUGCUCCGAUACCACUCCACAAAGAGCGGAGACGAGCUGACGAGUCUCAAGGAUUACGUGACGAGAAUGAAGGAAGGGCAACAGGACAUUUACUACAUCACGGGCGAGAGCAAAAAGGCCGUGGAGAACUCCCCUUUCCUCGAGAAGCUGAAGAAGAAGGGAUAUGAAGUCCUGUACAUGGUCGACGCCAUUGAUGAGUAUGCGGUCGGGCAGCUGAAGGAAUUCGAGGGGAAGAAACUCGUCUCUGCCACAAAGGAGGGGCUGAAACUGGACGAGUCAGAGGACGAGAAGAAGAGGAAGGAGGAACUGAAGGAGAAGUUCGAGGGUCUGUGCAAGGUAAUAAAGGAUGUGCUGGGGGACAAGGUCGAGAAAGUGGUUGUGUCGGAUCGUGUGGUGGAUUCCCCCUGCUGUCUGGUGACGGGAGAGUAUGGAUGGACGGCCAACAUGGAGAGGAUAAUGAAGGCACAGGCGCUGAGGGAUAGCAGCAUGGCGGGGUACAUGUCGAGCAAGAAGACUAUGGAGAUUAACCCGGAGAAUCCGAUAAUGGACGAGCUGAGGAAGAGAGCCGAUGAGGAUAAGAACGAUAAGUCGGUGAAGGAUCUCGUGCAUCUGCUGUUUGAGACGGCGCUUCUGACGUCGGGAUUCAGCCUGGACGACCCGAACACGUUCGGGAGCAGGAUCCAUAGGAUGUUGAAACUCGGACUGAGUAUUGAUGAUGAAGCGGGUGAGACUGAGGCCGACGACAUGCCUCCGCUUGAAGAUGACGCUGAGGCCGACGGAAGCAAGAUGGAGGAAGUCGACUAAGUUUUCUCUUUUCAAAAAAAAAAAUCACGUAUCAAACAAACUUGUGGGUUUCUGUUUUGUUUUUUUGUUUUGUUUUUAAUUUGAAGCAAUGACUUUUAUUGUUCUUACAUUAGAGCUGAUUGGAAUCUUAGCUUUCCGGUAGCUAGUCGUUGUUGCUGUUUGUUGGCCUUCAUUCUCAGUUUAUUUAUUCA